CUAAGAGCCGAUUUCAAUUUUCCCUAUAGAAUAUAUUCUUCUUCUUCUUUUGAUUCUUGCAUGUUGUAAAGUAUUUUUGUAUCUUAUCAAUAGAAAUAAAAUAAAAAACAAAAUUUAGACAGAAAUUUAUAGUCUUGAAGAAGUACUAGCUAGUAUAUCAGUCCCAUGCACCCUCUUACCAAACCACCUCACCAAAUUUUCAACUCUUUUUACGUCCAACCAAAGAAUCUUCCCAAACCUCUCUUUAUUCGAUUCUCCAGGCAUAUAACAACUCUCACCAUGCCGGAGAAAACUCGCCGUACAAAGGCUCUCGCCGCCACGCUCUUGACGACAGUGGUGUUUCUCACGUUUCCAAUGAUCAUCAACGCUUCAGAUUCAUCAACCAAUAGAAAACUCGAAGAGGAUCCUAUAAAAUGUACACCAUGUCUUCAAAACAUUCCUCCUCCGUCACCUCCACCGCCAUCACCUCCACCGCCGUCUCAAGCUUGUCCUCCACCACCACUACCUCCUUCACCGCCGAAGAAGUCUUAUUGUCCACCGCCUCCGUCCACUUACAUAUACAUGACGGGUCCACCAGGAGAGUUGUAUCCCAUUGACCAGCAGUUUGGAGCGGCUGUUACAAAAAGCUUCACCGUGGUGAAGAUCUCAGGCCUGAUCGCGUUUGGGGUUAUGAGUUUCUUGAUGAUCAUGAAUUGAUGAUGUUUCGUUGACCCCCUUUUUAUCGUUUCAUAGAUUCGUUUACUUUUAACGGAUGGGUAUAUGUUGUUCAGAUAACUCUGAAUUACUUAUUAUCUCAUAAAUUAACGAUUGUGCAUUUUCUCUUAGGUUAGGAUCAAUUUACGUUUCAUCAUAUUUCGAUGUACCAAAAUUUAUUUGAUUAAAUACUAUGGAUAAUUUAAAUGAUAUUUAGUGUUUGCAUAAAGCAUGAAUUAUAGGAAAUAUAUAUAUAUAUAUAUAUGUCCACCC